AUGAAGUGCCACGUGACACCCAGGGACUGUAUCCCUGGAGAGCAAGUGCCGGCUCCAUCCACUCAACCAGAGACUCCGAGAGUUCGGAGGUCUGUGGUCCCUACUUUUGCUCACCUUGACACUGAAGGCUCUGGUGGAGACGAUGAUACUCCUCUCUUCAAUGGAACGGUAGCUUGUAAGGCAGCUCCGGACACUGGCCCCUGUUUUGGAAUGAAUCAGCGUUUCUUCUACAACGCCUCGUCCAUGACCUGUCAGAUGUUCAAAGACUGCCUGCAGAGAUGUCGCACUGAGGCUGUGUGCCGUCUCCCCCUGGUGGCUGAGCCCUGCAUUGCAAAGUCCUCCACCUGGGCCUUUGACUCCACGGUUGGUUUGUGUGUCCCUUACAAAAUAGGCUUCUGUCAAACCAAUGGAAACAAGUUCUACAGUAAAGCUGAGUGUGAAGAGUACUGUGGGGUAGUCAAAGAUGAUGGAGACUUUCUGAAAGGAAACUGA